GACCGCUGCAUUGUCUUCCAGUCGUAUACCGGGGGAUUCAUGGCAAACGUGCACAACGUUAUUCUUGCUGUGGCAUUUGUGGCCCGCCCGGGGAAUAUCCUGUAUUUUGAUGACUCAGAACAUUCGUAUCACUGCCCAUCGGAUACUGGAGUUGAAAAUCACAGUUGGGAUGUAUUUUUUAACGGAUCCCAACCUACAAGAUUCCCCACCAGUGAACAUGUUUUGAAAAACUGCAGCAAGGUUAAUACAAUGGAGCUCCUUCAAAUGCGAGAAGAGCUCGCAGUCCAGGCGGGAUGCUCGAGUGCAGAUGACCUGAGCUUUAGGGAAGGUGAACCUAGUGUGAGGCUUCUGUAUGCAAAGCUGGCAGAUGCCACAGAAAAAGUUUGGAAGUUUUCAAGCAAGAUGCAGUACAUUGUUGACUAUGAAGUCGAGAGUAUUCGACUCAUGGCGGGCAAACAGCUGACUAUCGGAAUACAAGCUCGUGGUGGUGACAAGAUGUCUGAACAAGGAGAUUGGGCCAACAAGAUCACAAGUAAGGGCCAUUCAAGAGCCUUUGAUCAAGUCAAAAAGCAUCUUCCUCCUGAUGUCCAUGGCAAGGUUGUUUGCAUCAUUGUUGGUGAUGACUAUAAUCUGGCAAAUAGCUUGGCGAGGUUGGCAACCGCUACUUUUGAUUGCUUGAUCAUUAACAGGGUUAUGCCCUCGCCGAGAAGCAUAUCUCAUGAUCAAGGCAUUUAUAAUAGUAGUCCUCUUCAAGAGCGUUGUCAUGGUACUUUCAGGAUUCUUGCAGAUGUUGAGAUGCUUGCGAACACCAAUUUCUUUGUUGGUUACAGGAAUUCUAAUGUUGCAACUAUGGUGUCUCUUAUCAGGCGAUUUAUUUACAAGAAGAAUAAAGGGUCGGAAUUUGACUUUUCUGAAUCCUCAUUGAAGCCAUAUUGA